GGCAGGUGCUGAGAGAUGACCGAGUGUCUGUGGUCUGUAUUUGCGGAAAUGCUGGGGUUCAGUGCGCUGGUGGAUUGAGCUGAGAGUGCGUCUGCUUUCCCAGCCGUAAAUCGAUUUAACCUCUGUUUACUUUCUACUUUAUUCUUCCCCAGUAUGCCUGUGUUGUCCUCGAGAAAUACCAGCUAAGAAGUGCGCAGCUUCGCACAGCAAGCCAGCGCGAGGGCGCUUUUUCAUAAAAGGCUUCUCACGCGUUACUUCGACUGAAGAACUGUUCCUCUUCAGAUGAAAAAAUGAGCGAAAAAACUAAUGAAAGAGACUUUUGGAGGAGCUCUUGUCAGCUUUAGGAGUGACUGUUUAUCUUCGAGCAGAUGCUCAGAUGUGUCUUGCUUGCUGUUCUCUGGAUUUCACCUCAAACUAAACUUCAGUCAUGGGCCUCUUUCCAUCCAUAUCCAAGAUCAUGAGGAAGGGGAAGGGGAAGGGUCUGUUUCUUCUGCUGUUGUGUCUGUGCGUUGUAGCAUGGAUUGCAACAUUCUCAAAUGAUGACACAGUUAAGCCUGUCCAGGAGGGAUUGAAUCCUCUUGACGACAGGAGUGUCGAGGGCUUUGCUCAGCUGGAGCUGGAAUCAGAGAUGAUACAGAGCUUAGAGGAGCAGCAGUCUGUCAGAAAGAGCUGUCCAGAGCGUUCACCCCUGCUUCGAGGCGCUAUCAAGCUGUCAUUUGAUCCCUCGCUGACGAUAGAGCAGGUAGAGAGUGAAAACGGGGAGGUGGUGGAGGGUCAGUAUAACCCCUCUGACUGUGAGGCCAGACAGAGCGUGGCCAUCCUUAUCCCUCACAGAAACAGAGAGAAGCACCUGCUCUACCUCCUCCACCACCUCCACCCAUUCUUACAGAGGCAGCAGCUUCACUACGCCAUCUACAUCAUUCACCAGGCUGGAGAUGCUACAUUUAACAGGGCAAAGUUAUUAAAUGUGGGCUACCUCGAGGCUCUGAAAGACCAGAGCUGGGACUGUUUCAUCUUCCAUGAUGUUGAUCUAGUUCCUGAGAACGAUUAUAAUUUAUACAUGUGUGAGGAUCAGCCUAAGCACUUAGUAGUGGGGAGGAAUUCCACUGGGUACAAACUCCGAUACAAGGGUUACUUUGGGGGAGUUUCGGCCAUGACGAAGGAGCAGUUCCACAAGGUCAAUGGCUUCCCAAACUCCUACUGGGGCUGGGGUGGAGAGGACGAUGACCUGAGAAUAAGGGUGACGCUGCAGAAAAUGUCAAUAAUCCGUCCAUCCCUGGAAGUGGCGCGCUACACCAUGGUCUUUCACAAUCGGGACAGCGGCAAUCAAAUCAAUGAAGAAAGGAUGCAUCUGUUACGCCGCACUCAUCAGGCGUGGAAAACUGAUGGCUUGAACUCCUGUUCCUACAAGAUUCUGUCUGUCCACAGAGCACCACUCUUCAUCAACAUCACCACGGACAUUGGCCAGCCGGAGAGUGCUCUUUGAGUUUUUGGAUACUGAAAUUCAAGAGACAGUUUGCAUUCACCAGUGCCUGUCAGAUCUAGUGCUAAGUGUUGUUGUUCACACCAGCUUGCACUGUGGAUCUGUUCAACUUUACUCUUUAUGGCCCUGCGAGAUGAAAUGGCCAGAAUUCUGAUCAAACACUACUUUUUAAGUAUUACAGUAAUCACGUAGAAUUGAAUUAGUCUGGACAGGUGAACCUUUCGGGGUUGAAUUUCCAUUCAUUACCUCUAGUUAUGAAGUUAUAGGUUCAUAUAAUGGGACUUGUGCUCAUUUAGGUCAUUACAAAAUAUGGCAAAGCAUCUGGGAGUAAUGGAAAUCAAAGAAGCUGGACCUGACUGAUCAAUAGUAUUUAGACUUAAAUAUUGAUAUUGACAUGAAUGUAUAUGGGCAGAGGUGUGCCUAAGUCUUUAUAAUAAGUCUGCAUGUUCUACAGUGAUGAUGAUUUCAGCUGAACGUGCUUAUAAUGUCUGUCUGGUGGAAAAUUAUAGAUAUUGUAGUGGGUGUUUGGGUCCAAUGAUAUGGUUUAAUCAGUUCAGUUUCGUUUCGGUGAAAUGUAGCUGUAGAUGGGUUCAUUAUUUUACAUGUAGGUCAUUGUUCAGACAUAAUGGCUGUUCAACUCAUAAAACUUUGUGGUGUUACUGUAUCUCACUGAAUUUAUGAUCAAAGGAAAUUAGACUUUUGUUUACUUAGGAUAAUAUCGUCUUCUAGGCGAAAUCUUCUCUGUUUUGAAAGAUCACAUGCUGUCACGAUCAGAAUUUGUUAGAAAUUAAAAUGAUCCAUAAAACCUUUUUUAGUGCAAUUCUUUGUACAGUUCAUGCAAGACGGAAGCUUUUCAGAAACUGAGUUUGACAAGUUGCAUUUCAACACAUGGCUCAUCAAACCUGCUAAUUGUUGAGUAUGGGGAUAGAACUAUAAGUUUGGCUUUUUUUUUUUUUAACAAUUACACUGUAAAAACUAUAAAAAGUGCAUGAGGAUCUGUUAAGUAACAUCAUAUUGUCUAUGGGCCUUAUUGGCUUGAUUUGUUUUUUUAUUCUAGAAAACCUGGCAUCAUAAGUAAAAAGCAAAACUUUACAUUCUGUGGCACACAUUUAAAAUGAUUUGGGUGUUGUAACAGUAUGAAUUGUAUACCGUGCAGAAAUCAUGGGCCAAAGGUUUGUGAAUAUUAAUGAGAACUUUCCACAAAUAGGGUACAAAUUAGUAUCCCAUUACUUUUUGUAAAGGAAUCAAAUUCGUUCUAUGCAAUAGGAACUAUUCAGUUAAAAACUGUUAUCUAACAUAAAAUGACCACACGAGAAGCAUUUACUUUUGAAAACACUGAAUAUCUCUACUCCAGCCAGCUCUCUAAAUAUUG